GAACCAGGAACACCUUCCCAUCCUGGCAGGAGCCUGGCAGAGCAAACAAGGGGCAGCCAUGGAGAGGAGUUACGUGUCUGUGCUCUUGCUGCUCAUCGUCAUCUCCUGUGCUCUGGCAAAGGAUGUGGGCAAGAAGGAUUCAAAGGACACUACCACUAAGCCAAAACUGCCCCAGACACUCUCCAGAGGCUGGGGAGACCAGCUCAUCUGGACGCAGACCUACGAGGAGGCGCUUUUCCGCUCCAAGCACAGCCAGAAACCCCUGAUGAUCAUCCACCACUUGGAAGACUGCCCACACAGCCAAGCCCUCAAGAAGGUCUUUGCUGAACACAAAGACAUACAGAAACUGGCUGAAAAAUUCAUUCUCCUCAACCUUGUGUAUGAAACCACAGACAAGAACCUUGCCCCUGAUGGCCAGUACGUCCCUCGGGUUUUGUUCAUAGAUCCUUCCCUGACUGUGAGAGCAGAUAUUACAGGAAGAUACUCAAACCGUCUCUAUGCAUAUGAGCCCUCUGACAUUUCACUGUUGUAUUCAAAUAUGCAGAAAGCGCUGAAGCUCCUGAAGACUGAACUGUAAGGGGAAGAAGAAAGCCCUUAAAUAUUAUGAAGUCUUAUCUUCCAUGUCUUCUCCACACCUUGAUACUGGUGAAGAGACUAUUUAGAGUGAUAUUUAGUGAUGUGUAGUGAUGGUUUCUAUACAUAAACACUACAGUUUUACAUUAGUACUUUUGUACUGGGAAGCGUUUUUAAAAGCUGAAGGCUUUUAUUUUAAGGCGUACAGAAGAAUACUGUAUGAUUCAACUGUAAAAAUGAUUUUUUUAAAAAUAAAUUCAUUUCAAGUGUUUACAUACAAAA